GUUUGUUCACAAUGAUACUUCUUUCUUGUAACGUGCAAAUAUCUUCACUGACCAGUGUCACGGGAGGUCAAAUUUGAUGGAAUAGAGCACUCAUAUGCAGUGAUGUUCCCGUGCUUGGCACGUCAUAUAAGCUGGUUGAGCGAACAAAUUCGAACAGAGAGAAAUCAAACCGAGAGAAGAAACCCUAGAUCUCUGUUGCUGCCGCUGACGGGGAGAUGAUUCAAGAUUCUCCAGACUCCUCAAAACCAUUCCAUCUGUAUGAGGUACACUGAUCUCUCUAGUUUUGGACUUGAAGCAAACCCUGUGAUUUUUUUUUUAAAUGGAUGAGCUAUUUCAUUUAUCCAUAUCUUUUAAGAGUACUCAUCUUUUAAUCGAAGUGGAAUCAGCUAUACUCUAUGUGUUGACUUGGAUGAUGAUGCAUCGAGAAAAAAAAUGGAUACAGACCGAUUGUAUAAUAAUCUUUAAAAUCUGUUAACAAUGAUCUCUCAUCGAUUCCUCUUCCUAUAGAAGAUCUUAACUUGCAGAUUUGAUUCAUCAUAUUCACACAAUGGAUUUGAGAUAUGGCUCAUGAUGCUUCAAGGUAAUCAGCCACUCUCUUGUGUACCUGUUGUGAUGACAAGGUAGUGGAGUUGUUCCACCAUGUACUACUACUCUGGUGAUUUCAGUGAUAUUUUAUUCUUGAGUAACCUAUUUCAAGGGAUUAAUUUGUCAGUCAUUAUAUUUGGGACUUAUAUCAACACAUGACUAUCCCACUUCCUGAACCGUAAAUGAUACAUAAGUCUAUAUUAGUCAUGACAGAAGCCUAUGCUACCAUGUUCAAGCGUUAUGAGUUUGCUAUCCAAGGAAGGUCGUUACAAUUCAAUACAGUAAGGGGGACGAUGAUCUCGAAGAACAUAGCGAGUGGCAUGGAGACUCUCUUAGGUUUUGAGCUACUGCCCCAUGCCUCUGAGCUCAUGGGCUCUCUAUGUGGUGACUGUAGUUUGGGCUUUGUUAGAUAUUGAGUUUAACAAAUCUGAGAAAUAAACGCAGAAAGCAAAUUAUAUGAAGACACAUAAUUGGAGAGUAAUGGAAAAGAGAUGUAAUCCGUUUGAAACUCAUGUAUUUUCUGUACCUGCCUCCUCCAUUCGAGACUGUGGUCCACUCUGCGAGGAACCCUAAUUCAACAAGCAAUUCAAAUCCCUCUUUCCCCAAAUUUAAGUAAUACUUUUUGAUGGUAUAUAUGAGUUAAAUGGCGAUACGGCACUGCACACACUAAGAUAUCUUCUGCAAACUGACAGCGUUGAUGCCCUCAUUUGACACAGAAGAAAAAGACAAGAGCUCAAGAUAUGCCGUUGGCUGCAAUAUUAAGGCGGGCGGAGAAGUCUUUUAGAUUUCAAAGAUGAUGGACAUUUUAGACAAAAUUCUGUACCCAUCUCUUCCCUAACCAGCUCCUCCCUAGUGGUCAAAAUCGUUCACAUCAAGUCUGUCACCAUCAUCCAUAGUUUCUUCAUUUGGUACCUUUUCUUCCUAGAAAAAAAGCAUUUGGGGUUUGGAAAAUCUUGGAUUUGGCACUAGGGCUAUAUGAUGGCUACUGAUGAACUGCUUACCAAUUAAAAGACAAAAUAAGAGAAGAAUUGAUAUGUGUUUUGUCCAUUGAAGACGGCUGUUUUUGAUCGAUGAUACUGAUGUUGCUCGGGACAAGAAGAAGAAUCUACAUUGAAUGAUUUUUUCACACUGUAGGCGAAUCGAAAAGAGACACGUGGUGAAUGGACAUGAAAAGAAAGGAUGCUAGACUGCUAGGUUUAAUAUAAAUAGAAAUAAGAAGCAGUUGGUGUGGUUGUGAAGGAAGGAGGCAAGCGACCAAAUCUCAGAGAAAUAACUGUACAGGGGUGGAAAAAAAAAAGACGAGAGCGUUGUUAAUUAGGAGCAGGAGACCAACGAACAUGGGAAGACCUCCUUCCGGUGAUGACUCUAGUCUCAAGAAAGGUCCUUGGACUCCUGAUGAAGAUGAGAAACUUGUCAAGUAUGUCAAAAAACAUGGCCAUAGUAGCUGGAGUGCUCUUCCCAAGCUUGCUGGUCUUAAUAGGUGUGGGAAGAGUUGCAGGCUAAGAUGGACGAACUACUUGAGACCUGACAUCAAGCGAGGGAAAUUCUCUCCGGACGAGGAACAGACCAUCUUGAAUCUUCAUGCAGUUGUUGGAAACAAGUGGUCAACGAUUGCAAACAACUUACCUGGAAGAACAGACAACGAGAUCAAGAAUUUCUGGAACACCCAUUUGAAGAAAAAGCUGAUUCAGAUGGGAGUUGACCCAAUGACUCAUCGCCCACGAACCGAUGUCUUGUCCGGCUUAUCUCAGCUUAUCUCUCUGUCAUCUGACCUGAGAGGCUUUGUUGAUCUGCAGCAACAGUUUCCAGUUAAUCAAGAGCAAACUAUACUGAAACUCCAAACCGAGAUGGCCAAACUCCAAUUGUUCCAAUACCUCCUCCAACCACCAUCCAUGUAUAACAACAUUAACCCUAAUGACGUUGACACUCUCAGUCUCCUUAACUCUAUUGCCUCUUUCAAAGAUACCACCACCAGCAAAAAUCUCGACCUCAGUUCCUAUAUACAGGAAUUCAACACCUUACCAUCCCUAAAAUCCUUAAAUGCCAACAUUGGACCAUCAUCUGUUUCCCCCCAAAAUCCUGUUGAGAAUCACUUCAAGUUCUUCAAUCAAAGAGAAAACCUCCUUAUAUCUCCAAGCUGGCUCUCGGAUCCCUCCAGCUCAAAUCAGAGUUUGUUACCUUCGCUUGAUCCUUCAUCUGCUCUGACUGAUGAUUUGAUUAGAAGCCAAUACGUUAUUGAAGAUGUCAAUAGCAACCUCACCUCUUCAAGCUGUCAAGAGUCAGCAGCUUCAGCUUCAGCUGCAUGGCCUGAUCAUCUACUGGAUGAUUCCAUAUUUUUUGACAUUCCUUAGCCUUCCUCUUCCUUUCAGGUAUGUUUUGAAGGAACUCAAAAUCGAAUAUAUGCUUGGGAAUGUGCUUGUUGAAGAAUUUAUUCGCAUAUAUCUAUCUAUACAUAUUGUUGGCACAUCAUAUACAUGUGUGUGCUCAUGUUGUAGAAUGUUAAGUAUAUAAUUCUCAUGCGUGUUGUUGUUAUCAAUGCUCUUUAGCAUAUGUUUGUACCCAUCGCCAAGUUUCUAUAUCUAUAUAGAGAGAUGAUUUUUUCUUAAGGGAGGUCACUUGUAGAUGUAGUUAGGGCUUUUUUAAUAAUUAUUUGGAUCUUUUGUUUUACUUUUCCCAUUUACAACAUUCAAAUCAUGCAUGAGUACAGAUGUUGUUAUAUCAGUCUUGUAUCCUUU